GACCGGAGCAUGCGACUGCACUGCAGUGUCGAGUGUCUUGAAGUUGAAACACCGUUAAGUGGUAACCAGCUGAUUUAUACCUGAAAGUGGGGACAUUGAGAUCAGCCAUGUCUCUCAAGGAGGCUCCAGCGCUUCAUUACCAGGCAAAGUGGGGCUCAAGAGGAAGUUGACUGGCCCUUCACAGCUGCUCUUUGGCUAAUGUAAAUCCAGGUACACGUCAAAAAACAGAGACAAAAGGCUGAAUAGCCCCAACAGAGAAUCUAGAAAUUCCAUGCCAAACCAUAACUAUUCUGUUCAGGAGAUGGCACAAGAGCCUUUAGGAAGCACACCAAAUCCUCUCAGUUCGUGUAAGGACAGCGCAAGACUGGGAAGUACCUCUGAACCUCUGUACCACUCAUUAAAAUCAGACAGAGAUUCAGAAAGUAAGCAGAGUAAAGCGCAAGAAAGCUCAAGGCUGAAAGGGUGGAGGAAAUUCUUCUGGCAUGUGUUCUUAUGCCCAAGACGUCUGAGGUACAAACCUGCUCUGGGCGAUGAAGAUCAAAACCAUGACUUUACUUUUUACAACCAACAGGCAAGAGACUCAUUCGACACGGCCGUUUGGCCAUCCAUUAUUUACCAAGUCACUGAACAAAAAGUGGAACAAGAGGCAGCAGUUGCUGGAACAGAGUGCAGACAUUAUACAAAAACAGAGCAGUCAUUUCUGAAGAGGCUCUUCUGUCUGCAAAAGAAGAAAUGUUUUUCCUCAAAACCAAACCACAAGGGUUUAGAUCCAGCAUUUGUUGUUAAGAAAGCCGCACCUUGUCCAUGCCUCAAGCUUAGGAACCAGUUCAGACAUCAAGUGAGACACAGAGCCAAGAAGCCCUCACCAUUCUUUCAGGAGCGCAUCGGGAAUGCACAGGACUACAUCCAGGAGGAGACUAUUGUGCUCUCCAACAGGCACACUGACGAGGGUGUUCAGGGCUUCUGUCAAAGCAUCCAUGAUGACGGCCCUCACUCUGACACCCUGGAGGUGAGUGUGGAUGUGACGCCUGUGAUGUCAGAGUGUGAAUCCAGAAGUGCUCUGUAUACCACCCAUGCUGAGAGCUGUGGUAAACCCAGCUUGCAUAUGGAUCAAGAGGAUGCAGAAUAUGCUACACUUCCUGAGGAAGAAACAUUAACAUUGGCUGCUGGAACAAAUGGAAAAGAUGAACCUGAAGCGUCAUCUGACGUUAGUAGCUGUCAGAGGCAAGAGGAGGAGGAGGUGGCAGAGGAGGAGAACCACACAGCAGUUAAUGUACCAGAAAGCCUGGUCAUAUGGGACUCAUCAGCAACAUCUCAAGUGAACCAGGAAGACGAAGCUAUAGUGCAGAAGAGGGAGAGCACUGGGAAUGAAGUCGAACAAACAACCUUCCAAUCAAGUCCAGCUAAUGCUGGCAUAGUUUUAUCCCAUCAGUAUGAAAGUGGACUGUCACCACUAAAAGAAGUCAUGGGCACUGUAGACGAAAUUCUGUCAUGCCCUGUUGAUUUCCAUGGCAAACGUGGACUUGAUAUCCGUCAUAGAGAAGAAACUGAGUCUGCAGAUGAUGGUCCUCAGCGUAAAAUCAGUGAUCCUCAGCCACCGGAGGUGCUACUUUACCAGACGGCACGUCUUUUAGUACAGGCAGCGAUGGAAGCUGCUUUAAGGCAGUUGGAAAAGGACCUUGUGGGCUCAAUUGCAGGAUAUUAUGAGGACACUGGAGAUUACUAAGUCAGUGUUUGUGUUUUGGUAUGAGGUUUUAAUGACACAUG